AUGUAUACAGAAAUACGUCGUUGCAUGGCCGUCGAUUUCCCAGACGAUUUUGGCCCUGAAGUUCUUACUGAGCCCACGAAAUCACUUAAAGAGAUGAGUGAGGAAGAAUAUGAAGCUUUCAAGAGACAACGCGAUACUGAACGAUCUCAGACCAAGAAGGUUACGACAGAGUGAAAGAGAAGAUAAGAAACGUCAGGCAAGAUUUCUGCGCAGCAAUAAACAAGGGAACAAGAAGCGGUAGUGGGAAAAUUGUGCAAGAAAAUUUUGAGCUGUUGUCUGAAAUAUGGGGUGGCUCGCCCGCUUCAACGUCCUUGUCCUUUGGAAUUGAUGCAGAUUUAUUAGGAACAGACAAAAGUUUGGAAAUGGAUGUUGAAAGCCCUGAAGGUAUUUAUUUCAGCCUUGCUUUAUUGAACUUUUUCAACUAGGAAGAACGAUUGACCCGUUCCCCCUCCCUUGUUGAGGACUUGCCUUUUCGUCUUAACCCUGAAGAAUUCAAUAAAAUUGAAUUCCUCCUGAAGACUCCCACAGAUUAUGGAAAUACCACUUGAGAAUUUCAGAAGAAGGUGAGUUUCAUUAUAAAAAUUGUAUGAAUUCAAUCACAAUUUUGUUAAAAAUUCAAGUUUCACCCCAAAGAAUUCCCAUUUUCUUUCUCUACCCAUAGGAAAUCCCUGUUUUGAUGAGUAAUUUGCUGCUGAUUAUGAAUGGGGCUGAAGGGGGUAAAAAAGAAAUCAUGCUUCUUUCAGUUGUUUAUUUUUUGAAAGGAAUAGAAAUGAUAUUUUUAAAACCACAAAACUAUUUUACAUCCUGUUUAACUUCUGUCUAAUUAUGUAUAAAAACAUAUUGGUUUCAGAGUCAUCAACUCCAGAUUCACCUAAUACUGCCAUUGAAGGUCAGACCAAAGAAACGUUUGAACCAUCAACUGAUCAGAAACCUAAAGGUGUUGCUGUCUCCAACAUCCCAAAGUUAGUUGACAAUAAGAGAAGGCACAUGGAGAAAACCCUAUCCCAGGCACAACGAGACCAGCUGUUGAUGAAUACUGCCAAAGAAGAGCUUCUUAUGAAGAGUGAAAUGGUGAAGUCUUUUGAGCAAUAA